UAUACCAUGACUCGCGGAUGAAACGUGAAGGAUUUUCUCCACAGCACCAUCGAUGUUGAUGAUAGUGGUUCGCGGAUAGGUAUCCUCGCUUGCGGGUAUUGCGAAACUAGUGAUCUUCCGGAACCAUCGCUGUCGAGGGCAUUCUCAUAUUAAUUUAACCCUCGGAGUAACAUAGCCGCCCCUGCUGGGCAGGCAGUCUAAGCAUUCGGUAGAUCCAGACUACAACUCACCUUUUUGCCUUGGCGAUUGGAGAAGGCUCCAUACUGUUAGACUACAAAAGACGUUUUCUCCCAUCGCGUCGGCCAAUUGCUUUUUCUCUAUAUCACAUCGCUAUAUACCGAAGCACGCGACUUUCUAAUAGAGACCACACAUAACCUCAGAAUUCUUGUUUGAUCAUCACACAUCACCAAUUUCCAAGAUGGCCAUCAUCAAGUCGUUCCUGACUUUCACCCUACUCUUGGGCUCGUCUCUUGGUGCUCUUGCUGCUGGCAACAAAACUGCCACUAACGGCAUCGGAAGCCUUCCCGCACAGGUAAUCACUGCUGCCUCAUUAUCCUGCGGAAUUUGCAUUGACAACAUUAAUCAGAGACACGUUGUGUCAGUCGACCAAGCUGAGAGCAUCAUCGCCGCUGCUGUCAGAGAGGCCAGCACUGUAAUCCCUGAGAAUAUUGCCAUCGUCGACCCUAGUGGCUUGUUGGUUGCUUUCCACCGCAUGGACAACGCCUAUCCCGGCAGCAUCGAUAUUAGCAUUAAGAAGGCUCGUACCAGUGUUCUAUUCAACGGCAUGGCUACCGCCGAUUUGAACGCUGCUGCUCAGGGUGCUCUUUACGGUGUCGAGGAGACUAACGGUGGUCUCGUCGUCUUCGGUGGCGGUCUUCCUCUCUACAAAGACGACUACCUUAUCGGCGGUAUUGGUGUCAGUGGUGGCUCCGUCGACCAAGACGUGCAAGUCGUCAAGGCUGCUGUUUCCUGGUUCAGCAACUCGACCCUGUCCACUUACUAAGCUAGUUUUGCAAAACUAAAAGUUCUCCUUUCUUACAUUUUCGAAGUAGGGUUUUGUAAUGUCCCUCAAUACCCUCGGCGUAUUUCUGUUUGCUUUGCGACAUAUACCUCACGAAUGUACCAACAGAUUCUUGCAAACACUCAAUCUCUUAUGACUUUACUUGGAGCAGACAACUAGCAGCGUCAUAGGAAUAUUACUAC